UGGGUCCCCGACAUGGUAGUGGUGAACAGUCUGUCCAGCUUCGAGUUCAUGGGGUCAUCCAACUUACCACUCAUUGUAGGGUACACAGGCUUCACCUACUACUCUGUGCCUGUGAUCAUGAAGACCAAGUGCCAGGCCACUGUAACCUACUUCCCUUUCGACGAGCAGCUGUGUGAGAUCCGCUUCCUCUCAUGGACCUACCAUUCAAGGAUGGUAAAUGUGACUCUGGCUAGCUACACGAACGGCCUGGAGGGCCACAUAGGGAACAUAGAGUGGAAGAUCACAAACAUCACCUCCUCCAUUGUGAAUGAACACGACGUGUCCAACCACCCCCUCUAUGAGGGAGAGACCAUCAGAUACCCAUACAUCCGAUAUAGGAUCCACCUGAGUCGUAAGCCGGAUUUCUACGUCAACAGUCUCAUCACGCCCUCCCUCCUCCUGAGCUGGCUGGGAUCCAUCAUAUUCCUACUCCCGUCAGACUGUGGGGAGAAACUGGGCUUCUCAGUUACCCUCUUCUUAGCUUUAUACGUGAACCAAGUGGUGGUGUCUGACUUCCUGCCGCCCUCGGCCGACUCUUUUCCUCUGCUGGCUAGAUUCUACACCACCAUCACCCUCAUCAUGGGACUGAGCAUCAUACUCACUGUCGUCUCACUCACUGUACACUUCAGAGUCGAGCCCAAACUAGUCCCACUCAAAGGUUCUUUAUUGGCCGGAAUAUUGAAACAUCUGGAAAACCUUGGUUCCUGUUCCCUUCUCGCAACCGUGAACUCAUUCUUUAAACUAUUUCAAAGAUCAAAAAACAACAGUCCGAAAGCAAGCGAAAAAACAAACAGCUCCGGAAUUGCAAACUCAUCGUCCAAAUUUGGUCUCAUAAGGGACACUUCUUUAAUACAUAGCAAUAAUCAUUCGAGAGUCUCGUCAGUGCAUAAUGGUUAUAACUGUACUAACCGGCCAGUUGACUUCGUUUAUAACUCGGCAUGUGCCGAUCCGAUUCCGAAUACAGCCAGUCAAAUUUUGGAUCCCGAAAGCGGGGAUGAGUUGCUGAAUGCUUCUUACGGGAGGCGGGGAGAUGCUAUAGGGCACCCGGAAGUAGACAGACAGAGAAGGGUUGCGCACCCAGAGGAGAGUCAGUUUGAGCUUCCGCAGGAUAUUGCGAAUACUCUGGAGCAGAUCAAAUCGAGCUUGAGCAUCAUGGCCAAAUACUGGAGCACAAGAUCUGAAGAGGGUGCAGGGGGGUGUAAAAGUGGGAGUUCGAGAGGGGGAGGCAGAAGGAGGUUCGCAUCUGCUUCGGGUGACGUGGACAAACGGAGGUGGGUGCUGGUAGCAGCUGGGAUGGACACAGUCUUCUUUUUCAUCUACAUUCUCAUCCUGACCGCUGUCACUUUAUUCUUCGCCUGGAAAUCUAUCAUGAAGUAAACGCAAACAAUUAGCGAACAAAAGAAAACAAGACAAGUUGUGACAGACGGGCAAAUUUUUGAGCAAAAAAGACAGAAAUUUGAAACAAAAAUGACGCGUUGCUUUUGCGCUUUUCAACAUGUAUAUUGAACAUUUUUGCAAUAAAUAUUUUUAUGGAAUGAUGAAAUAGUAGAGAUAGUUAAGAUUAAUUAAACGGAGAUGGGAUUUAUACUUUUGCUAUUGUUCUAAAUAUUUUAAGCUCAAUUACAUGAUUUUGAUCCUUUUUUGCAAGCAACCAAAUAACUGGAAUGAACGGAAAGUCAAUAAACCGUGUGGUAAAUAGCACAUAGUCUUUCGACCAGUGUUAUCUAAACAA